AUGCGUUACUACAUCAGUUACGAAGAGGAGAAUGACUUAAAAGAGUGUCUCUACGGGAACCCAUCCCUACCGAAAUUUUUUGCUAUAAAUCAGUUGUGUAUGAUUCCUCCACCGACUGGCACUUUGUGGUUAUGUGGAACUUCUGUCUACAGCAUCCUACCCAGCCAAUUCAACGGCAGGUGCACCCUGGUUUAUGUUCUACCAGCUAUCAGAGAAAACACACACUCCACCUCAAAUUCUCCACAUCUACAAAAUUCAGCUUCUACCAACAAAGAGGGCUGCAUUCCAGGACUCACUUGUGUACAAACGUGGUGGUCAAGAACUCUUGGAGCAUUAAUCCCAUCGUAUGGCGUCAUGCAGGCUCUCGAUCAAGUCAGAAGCCUGUCGGAUUCUGUACAGAAAUUGGCCAAUGAUACGGUUUUGGCCCUGGGCAAUAUCACGGACACUCUCGCUUCACACAAGAUGAUGAUCUUACAGAACAGAGUGGCCUUGGAUUACAUUCUUGCAACACAAGGGGGAGCCAGUACCAUUAUCGGCCCUGAAUGCUGCACCGGUUUAAUGGAUCCAACCAAGAACUUGAACAAUAUCCAACAAGACAUCCUUGAUCUUUCAGUGCAGGAGGAGCUGCUCAUCACAAUGAGGUUUCUGAUCUCUCUGUGUGUGAUUUAUGACCUCUGUUCAGAACUCAACUGCACAGAGGAUGAAUGGUGUGGAGAGAAAAACGGCGUCUAUGGCUGUUUGUGUACCGAGAACCAGACCAGACCAGAUUAUUUAGAUUUCUCAGAAACCUGUGAAAGCAGCUCUGGAUCCAUGUCUGUGUCUCGCUGUCAGCUCUUUGAGGCUGGUUUUCCAGCAGACGUCUUACACCUCAAUGAUCUCAACUGCAAAGGAACGAUCCGGAAUGGCAGAGUGGAAUUCCAUUUUGAUAACGAUGAACACAUCUGUGGUGCAAAUCAACAGGCCAACGGCACCCACUUCAUCUACAGUAACUUUAUUCUGGGGACACCGAGGUCAGAAGGUCUCAUCAGCAGAGAGAAAAUCCUCAAGCUUUCUUUCAGCUGCGUUUAUCCUCAAACACAAACUUUUUCUAUGAAUGCGGAAAUCAACCCACUGGAGAGCAUUGUGCACGAGACCCUCCCCGCUGGUGAAGGCAGAUAUCAGGUUCGGAUGACUCCAUAUGAGGAUGAUGAGUUUACCCGGCCCUUCACUGGUAGAGUGGAUGCAGAGCUCGACCAGAAGAUGAAUGUGGAAGUUCGUGUUGAGGGGGUUGACAGCCGUCAGUUUGCCCUGGUGAUGGACACGUGUUGGGCUACACCUGUGAAUGGUCUCCGCUGGGAUCUCAUCGUUAGAGGGUGUCCCAAUCCAAAUGAUGGCGUCUCGACAUCCAGCCGUUUCUCCUUCAGGAUGUUCAUCUUCACUGAAAACUCCACUAAGCUUUACCUGCACUGUGCUGUUCACCUUUGCCUUCUGUCGAGCACUCGCUGCUCAACGGUGCAGGAGGAGCCGUUGGACCCAACAAUGAGGUUUCUGAUCUCUCUGUGUGUGUCACUACUGCUGCUGAUUAAUGAAUCUACAGCUUCCAGCUCUGAUCCAUGUUAUGAUUACACCACUCUUGAUGAAUACUGGAGAGACAUACGGCAAAGCCCAUAUGAAUAUUAUGAAAAUGAUGACACCCUUGUUGAAUGGAGUGGCUGGUAUCGUCUGUAUCUGAAUGGAGAAAGUGCCCAGAUGUCUGAGUGGUGUGUGAGUCAUAUGAGAUGUGGUGGUGAAACUGGACUGUAUCUCAACGACUCUCAUCCAACACUUGAGGAUGGAGUGGUGACCCUUGAAGUCAUGGGAAGUAAUUCGUUGUGGAGUUGGGAUUGGUGGUGGUGGGCGCCUUCCUCUCAGUGUGGCGACUACACAUCCACUUCCAUCCAAGUCAAAGCCUGUCCAGGAGAUUAUUACGUCUAUGAAUUCAUCAAACCCAACAUAUCAUCCCCUGUGCCGACAUAUUGUUUUUUUUUUCUCUGUAAAAUUUUGUCAUAAUUUGUUUAAAAGUCAAUAUCAAGAGUAAAUGAUCAAGGUUAAUUAUUGGUUAACAUAUUUUAAUUGAUUGUUUAAUGAAAUGAAUAUGGUUUAAACAGUUAGAAUCAAUGGCGUGCCAUCCAUUAACCAUUAUGUAGGUCUCCCCACACCCUCUCAUAGCACAUAAAACA